AUGGACGAAGCGAAGCAACUCGCGCCGGACGCCACCGAUCCGCGCGACGGCACCGAGCCCGGCACCCCGAGCGAGGAGGAGGAGGAGAUCGUGGACGUGGACGAGCAGGUCCUCGAGGAGGAGCGCAAGCUCCACGAGGAGCGCGAGCGCGUCAAGGCGGAGGAGGAGGCCAAGGCGAAGGAGGACCCGGUGGACCUGGACGAGAAGAAGUACGAUAACCUCGAGGCGCUGCUGGAUCAGACGACCAUCUACUCCAAGUUUCUCAGCGAACAGAUGGUGCAGCUCAACGAGGAUGAAAACGACGGAAAGCCGGCGAAGAAGAAACAAAAGAAGGGCAAGUCCGGCGGCGGUUCGAUCCCCGGCGGCGGCGCCGCGGACGGGGGUAAGGGCGCGGGCGGCGGCGUCGGCGGCGGGCGCUCCGGGCGCGGCGACGCCGCGGACGCGGCGACGCUGAGCGAGACGCAGAAGCUUCUGCCGAUGAUGACGGUGAACAUGCGCGACUACCAGCUCAAGGGCGUCAAGUGGCUCAUCGCGUUGUACCAGAACGGUCUGAACGGGAUCCUCGCGGAUCAGAUGGGUCUCGGGAAGACGGUUCAAACGAUCGGGUUCCUGUCGCACCUGCGAUCGAAGGGCGUGCUGGGGCCGUACCUCGUCAUCGGGCCGCUCUCGACGCUUUCAAACUGGGUCAACGAGUUUCACAAGUUUUGCCCGUCGUUCCCGGUGGUGCUGUAUCACGGCAGCAGGACCGACCGCGCGGACAUCCGCGCGAGGCACCUCCCCAUCACGACGCCGAUCAAGGACACGUUCCCGGUGAUCGUGACCUCGUUCGAGAUUGUCAUGGCGGACCGGAAGUUUUUGUCCAAGUACAACUUCAAGUACCUCGUCGUGGACGAGGGACACAGGCUUAAAAAUUUCGACUGCAAGCUCAUCCGCGAGCUGAAGACGAUUCCGACGUCGAACAAGCUCCUGCUCACGGGCACGCCGCUGCAGAACAACCUCCCGGAGCUCUGGUCGCUGCUGCACUUCCUCCUCCCGGACGUCUUCUCUUCGCUUUCGCAGUUCCAGAGCUGGUUCGAUUUCAGCGCGGAACAAAACAACGACGAGAAGGAGACGUCCAAACGCGCCAAGGUGGUGGAGAAGCUCCACGGCAUCCUGAAACCGUUCCUUCUCAGGCGUUUAAAAGGUGACGUCGAGGUGAACCUCCCUCGAAAGAAAGAGAUCGUCAUCUACGCGCACAUGGUGGAGACGCAGAAGAAGUUCAACGACGCGCUCGUGGACAAGACCAUCGGGGAGAUGCUCCAGAAACUCUCGGGCGGCGUCGCGCCCGUCGGCUCCACGGCGUUGAACAACAUGCUGAUGCAACUGCGCAAAAACUGCAACCACCCGGACUUGAUCUCGGGCGGAUUAGACGGCAGCAUCAUGUUCCCGUCCGCCGCGGAGCUCGUCGAGCAGUGCGGGAAGUUUCGGCUCCUCGAUCGCAUCAUGAAAAAGUUGCGCCAACGCGGGCACAAGACGUUGAUCUUCUCGCAGAUGACGAAGAUGCUCGACCUCAUCGAGUCCUACUUUGAGCAGCAAGGCUCGCGCGUGUGCCGCAUCGACGGCAGCGUGGCGUGGCAGGAGCGCAAGGAGCAGAUGGACGCGUUCAACACGGACCCGAGCGUGGACAUCUUCCUCCUGUCCACGCGCGCGGGCGGCCUCGGCAUCAACCUCACCGCCGCCGACACCGUGAUCAUCUACGACUCGGACUGGAACCCGCACCAAGACAUGCAAGCCAUGGAUCGCUGCCACCGCAUCGGGCAGACGAAGCCCGUGCACGUCCUGAGGCUCGCGACCGCGCACUCCGUGGAAGGGAAGAUGCUCUCGAGGGCGAACAGUAAGCUCGCGCUGGAGAAGCUCGUCAUCACGAAGGGGAACUUCCGGCAAGAGGGCGCGGAGAUGGACGCGAAGGAUGGCGCGUCCAAGGCUGGUGGCGGGGAGAAGAAGGCGGCGUCCAAGUCUUCGAGCGCGACGGCGGGCGUCGGCGUCGAGGAGCUCAUGGCGCUGCUGAAGGGCGAGGACCAGGACGACGACGGCAUCUCGCAGAGCGCGGACAUCUCGGACGCGGACCUGGACAUGAUCAUGGACAGGGACGAUCUGUUGGGGAAGAAGAAGCCGAACCCGCGGACGGGGCCGGGGUGGGAAGAGGUGGAAGAUCGCAGCGGGAUGUCUCUGCUGGGGAACGUCAACAAGUGACCGGAGAGGAAGAGGAGGAGGAGAGAGAGGAGGAGGAGGAGGAGGAGGUGCGCGCGCUUAUGAUAUUAGAAUUUGGAUGGUGUCGUGUAAAGACACGCCGCGGCACUCUCGCCGCCGCCAGGCAUUAUUU